AUGGAGAGGAAUCCUUCUGGAUGUGGUGGUGACGAAGAUGGUCGCACUGGUCGUGGGAAUCCUGGUGGCGCUGCUGGUGGUGUUCUUGCUGCUCCUGGUGGUGCUGGUGGUGAUGCAACCCGUGGCGGUGGUCCUGUAACUGCUGGUGGUGCAAGUCGUGGUGGUGAUAGUCGCGGUACUGGUGGUGCAUGUCGUGUUGCUGAUGAUGCGGGUCGUGUUGAUGAUGCUAGUCAUGGCGGAGGUGGUGAUAGCCGUGGUCCUUGUGGUGAAAGUCGUGUUGCUAUGAUGCAAGUCGUGGUGGUGAUGAUGUCAGUCAUGGUGGUGAUGAUUCCGGUCGUGUUGCUGGUGCAACCCGUGGUGGCGAUUCUGGACGUAGUGCUGGUGUUACUGGUCGUGGUGGAGGUGAUGGACGUCGUGAUGCUGCUCGCGAUGCAAGGCGAAUUCGUGGUAAUGACAGAGAGGCUGGUGAUGAUGAAAUGCAGACAGAUGGUGCUGCACGGCCUGCUGAUCGUGACGAACGGCGUGUGGAUGGUGUGGAACGGCAAGCUGAAACUGGUCCGGCUUGGUUAUGGGCGGAUAUCGUUGGUGAGGUUGGGGAAAACGUCAACUCGCAAGAGCCAAACAGACCGGGUAAUCGUGUGCCCAUGCCGAAUGUACAAUUUGGAGGACGUGUAGCUCGGCCAAACACUGUUGUUUUACACGCUCAGGCAUUUAAAGACAUCUCGGUUCGUGAAGUCAUGGGUAGUCUCUUGAAGUGUGUGAGACAGGACACAAUUAAAUGUCUCCAGCAAGUUCCGGGCCCUAGUUAUCGUGUCACGUUUCGUUCGACGGAAUUCAAACAACUGUUUUUGAAUCAAGAAUUCUCGGUGCGUGGUGAACGCGUUAUUGCACAAGAAGUGGAAACACCUUCUCUGAUGGUUAAAGUCUUGUUUGUUCCAACUGAAAUUUGA